GGGCGGCUUGGUUGAGGGUCCAAAAGUGCUCGACUGGAAUGUGCCGGCAACUCCCGGAAACGGCAUGGGCAGGUACUUAGUAACCUGCCGCUAAGGGACCUCAUGGCGUUGCGAAUUUCUUUCAUCGGAGCAAGUGUUACGUCCAGAUCCGGGGAGCGGGCUAACAAGGUGGUGCUGCUAUCUAUCUUGAGUGUCGACUCCCAAUCUCCGUCCCGUGGUUGGCACAUGACUGGCGUUGGGCGCGGUCAUCAGUUGCAUCUUUUUUGCCAAGGUCAAGAUCAGGAAGGGAGGGAGGUUCGAUACGCCCUAGAAUCCCAGGGAUGGAGGCUGAGAAGAACCAGGAUUUGUGGUAUUAUUAUGAUUUUUUGACCCUUCCCGCUACCAUGUAUGCAAGCCAAGCAAGCCAUGGAAGCCAAGUUUGCAUCCCAGAUCUGGCAUCCAGGGGAGUUAGUAUGCAUGCCAUAAACUACGGUGUAGAUGAUGUGUGUAGAGGUAGGUAGGUGGGUUGG